AUGUCUGCAGACGCCUUUGGAGCUGGAGGCAGCGACGCCCAGCAAACCCUGCAGUCUUUCUGGCCUCGAAUCAUGGAGGAGAUCAGGAACCUGACAAUGAAGGAUUUCCGCGUGCAGGAGCUGCCUCUCGCUCGAAUCAAGAAAAUCAUGAAGCUGGAUGAGGAUGUUAAGAUGAUCAGCGCAGAGGCUCCGGUCCUUUUCGCCAAAGCUGCUCAGAUCUUCAUCACAGAGCUCACCCUCCGAGCCUGGAUUCACACCGAGGACAACAAGAGGCGGACGCUACAGAGGAAUGACAUCGCCAUGGCGAUCACAAAGUUCGACCAGUUUGACUUCCUGAUCGACAUCGUGCCCCGGGACGACCUGAAGCCGCCUAAGCGACAGCCCGGGGCCGUGCAGGUGCAGGGCGCCCAGCAGCCCCAGCAGCCCGGCACCCAGACCGCCACCACCAUCCAGCCCGGGCAGAUCAUCAUCACACAGCCCCAGCAGGGACAGAUGUUGCAGGGUGCCACCAUGCAGCAGUUACAGCAAGUGCAGGUGCAAUCACAAGGCACACCCAUCACGAGUGCCCCGGUUGCCAUGCAGGUGGGCGAGGGCCAGCAGGUCCAGAUCGUGCAGGCGGCCGCGGCCCAGGGUCAGGCCCAGACGGCCCAGGCCCAGGGCCAGACCAUGCAGGUCAUGCAGCAGAUCAUCACCAACACCGGAGAGAUCCAGCAAAUCCCGGUAAGCCACCGUUAG